CUCCAAAGCUCCUCCUUCUUCCUGGUCGUCAGAGCUGCUUAAUAUGGCUGCCUCCAUCGUUCCUCCGUGUAGUCUUCCUGCAACAAUAGUAAUAGCUCUUUUACUGGGUUGCUGUAGUUUAGCGAUCGCAGACGGAAUCCAGGAUCAAGCAGAACAGUUUUUUAGAAGUGGACAUACAAACAACUGGGCAGUUUUGGUGUGCACAUCUCGAUUCUGGUUUAACUACCGCCAUGUGGCCAAUACCCUUUCAGUUUACAGAAGUGUCAAGAGACUAGGCAUUCCUGAUAGCCAUAUAGUCUUGAUGCUGGCAGAUGAUAUGGCAUGCAACCCACGAAAUCCAAGCCCAGCUACUGUUUUUAGUCACAAAAACAUGGAGCUGAAUGUCUAUGGAGAUGACGUGGAAGUGGAUUACCGAAGCUAUGAGGUUACUGUGGAAAAUUUUCUGCGAGUAUUAACGGGCAGAAUCCCAGCAAGCGCACCUCGCUCAAAGCGUCUGCUUUCUGACGACAGAAGCAAUAUUCUUAUAUAUAUGACAGGUCAUGGUGGGAAUGGUUUCUUGAAAUUUCAGGAUUCUGAAGAAAUCACAAAUGUAGAGCUUGCAGAUGCCUUUGAACAAAUGUGGCAGAAAAGGAGGUACAAUGAGUUGCUGUUUAUCAUUGAUACAUGCCAAGGUGCAUCCAUGUAUGAACGAUUUUAUUCUCCCAAUAUAAUGGCUUUGGCUAGUAGCCAAGUUGGAGAAGACUCACUUUCACAUCAACCAGAUCUUGGGAUUGGAGUUCAUUUAAUGGACAGAUACACAUUUUACGUCUUGGAGUUCUUGGAAGAAAUCCAUCCAGCUAGCCAGACAAAUAUGAAUGACCUUUUUCAGGUGUGCCCUAAAAGUUUGUGUGUGUCUACACCUGGACAUCGGACCGAUCUGUUUCAGAGAGAUCCUGAAAAUGUUCUGAUAACUGAUUUCUUUGGAAGUGUACGAAAAGUAGAAAUUACAACGGAGACCAUUUCUCUGGAUCCUAAUUUAGCACCUCAAGAGACCAGCCAUGCUGUCGAUGAAGUUGCAACGGAACCAUUAAAAUAUGCAGAACAACUUCCUGUAGCACAAAUAAUACAUCAGAAACCAAAACAGAAAGACUGGCAUCCCCCUGGAGGGUUUAUCUUAGGACUCUGGGCGCUCAUUAUCAUGGUCUUCUUUAAAACCUAUGGAAUCAAACACAUGAAACACAUCUUUUAGACCCUUAGAGCAAUCAAGAUGUCUUGCUCUGAAUGCACCCUUGAAUAAAAAUGAGGUCUUCUACCUGAAAGUUCUUCUCCACCACCCCACUUGUUAUGAUACUUGCACAUUUUUACUUUGUGUUUUGUAUUGUUAAAUGCAGCUGUUUAAUAUCCACUUUGAACACAUUUUAUAAAACUUCCAAGGACACAAAGGCCUUCUGCUUGUGAGAAUCCUUCCCUCCUCCUCCUCCAUUGAAAUGAAUGAGCAACCUAACAUACAGGCUCCAAAGAGGUAAAAGCAGGCUUCAUCUUACCUUAGUUUGCUGCAGGGAGAAUAGCGUUUGCAUCUACUAUACAGGGAGUAUUCAGGGUGGCAUUACCCUGUAUGUGCACUGCAGAACAAACUGUAAGUUGUAAAAAGAUUAUUAUUUUUUCUACUUCUACUUCUAAUGUAAUCAUUACCCCCAUCACUGAAAUGAAGGUCUAGACAAUAUGCAGAACCUUAUUUAAGAUGUCAUUUUAUCAAUAUAGACUUAAGUCACUUUGCGGACUUUUGCAGUGACAUAUUGAACACUUGCUCAACAGAAACAAAAAUACCAUAGGAAAUAUUGAUUUCGCUCUGUUAAAUACAGACCUUUAGAUCAAUCCUUUUACCUAGGGCAGUUUUGCUUCUUGGAUUCCAAGAAUGAUUAGAAUUGAAAACAAAAAAAGGCCCAAACAAUGUAUUUCCUGGAUCUGCUUGAUGAGAGAACCCACUCACUGCCUUGUGUUCAGCAGAAGGGUAUGCUGUCUGACUUUCCAAAAUUACUUUAUGUUCUUCAGUAUCUUGUUAAGAGGAACAAGUUGUUAAAAACGAGAUUCAUGGGGGGAAAUCCAUUAGGACUAUGUACUUGAAAACUGAACUAUACAUUUUGUUGUCGGGUGUAUUAUUUAUUUGUUCUUUGUGUUCUGCUCUUCAUGAAUUAAAUCUGUUCACAGA